CUGUACGACGACUUUGUGUCUAUCUACAGACUCUCUCCUGCUGAUUUGCCAUUGAGAUUUAAACUGAAGAUGAAUUGCUACAUGAAACGAUUUGGAAAAAUUCCAUUAGGAAUAUCUGUUGGUGGUUUCUUCUAUAUAAAAGAAGAUUUCCUCAUCAAGCACACUUGCACGCACCUGCGGACUCUACUGUCUGCAGGUGCGUGCAAGUGCACUUCCGAUCUUAGCACUCACCACGUUCCUGAGAUAGAUUUCGCCAAUACGAAAAAGAGGAAGUUUGUGUGUGGAAACUGUGGUAAAGCAUUCUUUCAGAAGCACCACUUGAAAUCUCAUAGGAUGAUUCACACGAGAGAAAAGCCGUUCAGUUGCCAGUUAUGUGGAAAAAGGUUCAUUGCAAGUUCUACUUUACGAAGGCGCCUGAGGAUUCAUACCGGAGAGAAGCCUUUUACCUGCGACCAUUGCCAACGAAGCUUUAAUCAAAGACAAAAUCUUGUAAACCAUCUUCGCAUUCACACGGGAGAAAAGCCGUUUAAGUGCGAUUAUUGUUUUCGAAAGUUUUCUAACAAAAGUAAUUUAAAUUCUCACAUUAAACGCCAUAGCAGAGAGAACAUUAAUUAA